CCAACAAAUAGUACACCCGCUCAAAGGAAUCGGUCAAGUGUGCGAGAUAGGACGAUGUCAAUGCAAAGUUGGAGCUUGCCCAACCCUCUUCAGUCUCCAAGUCCAAGGUCAUUUUCGCGCUCAAGGAACCGCAGAAAUGUUGUUUCCAACGGCGAACUCACUGUUUUCCUCAGAAGAAAGCCCAAAACUUUUUUUUCUUCUCUAAAAGUUGGAAUUGAUGAAAUCGCUGACAUCGCCCACAACAAGGUUCUGAUUGCGGCAGCUGUAUCUGCGGCAAUUGGGCAGCUGUCGAAGCCUUUCACUUCAGCUAUUCUUUACGAUAACAAAAAUGGUUUCAAUUUUAAGGCUGUUUUUCAGGCUGGAGGCUUCCCUUCUACCCAUUCCUCUGCAGUGGUCGCCACCGCGACAUCCCUCGGCCUUGAAAGGGGUUUCUCAGAUGCGAUUUUCGGUUUAGCAGUUGUUUAUGCUAGCCUUGUCAUGUAUGAUGCCCAGGGGGUGAGAAGGGAAGUGGGAACGCAUGCAAAAGCAUUAAACCGGGUCCUUCUCAAGGCCCAGUUGAACUCGAUUUCCAGCAAUGAUUUGGUUGAUUCUCAACCAGGAAAAUUAUCCUCAAAUUUAGAGAGCCUCGACCCUAGCUUCUCCAAGGAAGCAAGUCUCACAAGAUCAAAACCAACAAAUGCUUCUCUAUUGCUUAGAUCCGACAACAGAAUAAAUCAAUGUACUACGCUGAUCCCAUCUGGCUUAGCAGCUGAUGUAGACGGAGAAUUAGAAAAGGUUGUCAAUAGUGGCACUUCAUUGAAUGAAUCAGUUGGGCACACUGUAUUUGAAGUCAUAGCCGGUGCCCUGCUGGGUUUAUUUGUUAGCUUAGUGGUCUAUACUGUAACAUGAUAUCCUUUUCCGGUUUGAUUUCUAGUGUAAUUUUUUGUUCAUUCUUACAUACCGGUAUUGUAGCAAAUCAUCCGAGUAAUCUGACUCAUCUGCCCCUUUUUGGCGUUGUCACAAAUGAGAAUGUACACUUUCAUCAAAA